AUGUAUUUUGAGAAUGAUGAUGAAUAUCUUAUUCCAAAUGAGUCACAAAUUUACUCGUCCUUCCAGUCUGAGAACGAGAUGUCCAAACUUCAUUUUCUUGCUGUUAAUUAAUCCAAAUAUGAAACUCAGCAUAUACUUUAUGUAUUAAUGUAAUUUAAACAUCUAGCUCUCAUAGUACUUCCUAGAAUUUGACUUAAAAAAACUAAACAUUCAAACUGGACCUUUUAUAUCUGUUUGCCUAACUAAAUUGACACAUGAACUCAAAUCCUAAAAUCCUCAUUUGAUUACCAAAAUCCUUGUUCGUACGAGAACGGUAAUUAUCAUCUCGAUUUGCGUAGCUAAUAACAAAUUUAUCAUCCAUAAAUGACCUUCAUAUUGGCUUUUUGGAAUCCUGCAUUUUGUCCUCCAACUAUAAGAUUGGAUAUCAAUUCAUCAAGUCCAAAAUAUUUUCACACGGAUGUUUGGAAAAGAAAAGUUUGAUCAUGAUUGAGUACUUUUAUUUAUCGGGUGUGAUUGCCAAUGCUUAGAUGGUAUGGAAGAUAAUUAAUUGAACAUAGGAUUUCGAUGAGGCUCUGAGAUGCUAUAGGAUUGCUCAUAAGUUUAGUCCCACUGACAACUUUACAGCAGAGGCUCAGAAGAUGGAGACUUUGCUUUCCUUCAGAUUGGGUUUGGAGUUGAAGAAUUGGUCUCAUCCAGCAAGUCAAGAAUUAGUUAUUAAAUUGUAGAGUCAUAUUAAUCACAAUGAAUAUAGAGAAUUAAAGGAGAAGGAUCUUGAUUUCCAAGACAAGGACGCUUAUGUAUUUGUCAAUCCCUGAUAUCUUUAGAUUUGCUUAAAAGAAUGGUCCUUACAAGCAUAACUCUAUUAAUUUUUGAGAAAUGAGUAAGAACUUCAUUCUAAAGUAUCGUUUGAAUUGAUAGCCCAACAUUUUAGACUCCAGAAUUUAGACACUCUCAUUGAUCUCCUGUUGCAAAUCAAUAAGAUCCAUAGCAUGUUCUUGAUUAAUGAGGAGAAACACUAUAUUGAAUUCAAAUACAAUAGUCUAAAUUAUAAGGAUAUCAAUAGCAAAUUGGAAAACAGGUAUAAUUUGCUCAAAUUGUUAGCGGAUACAAAGUGAAUAUUAUCAAUGUUAUCAGA